CGCACGCGCGUGGUCUCGCGCAGGGCGGCGAGAGGCGGUGGCCGCCCAGGACCUGUCAGACUCGCGGAGCCGGCCUCCAGCGGCUGGUGGGCGCGAUAGGCGCGAGGACGGCUCCGCGCCCCCGCUGCCCUGGGCCGAGUAGUACGAGCCAGUCCGGCCUAGCCGGGGCAAGGAGAUAAGCCGCGGCCCCCAGGCAGCGCCCCAGGAUGGAGAGGGACGCGUGGCAUUCCCUUCGGGAACUGGCGCUCUGGUGAAGCGGGCGCCGCCGACUGCCUGCCUGCACUGAGUCGUUCCGCGCCGCGGCCGCUCAGCCUCUACCAUGGCCGGAUCCGGCGCGUGGAAGCGCCUCAAAUCUCUGCUGAAGAAGGAUGAUGCGCCUCUGUUUUUAAAUGACACCAGCGCCUUUGACUUCUCGGAUGAGGUGGGACACAAGGGGCUUUCUAGGUUUAACAAACUUCGAGUUGUGGUGGCGGAUGAUGCUUCCGAAACCCCGGGAAGGCCUAUUAACGGGGCGCACCCGGCCCUCCAGGCCGACGAUGAUUCCUUAUUGGACCAGGACUUACCUUUGACCAACAGUCAGCUGAGUUUGAAGGUGGACCCUUGUGACAACUGCAGCAAACAGAGAGAAUUACUGAAGCAGAGAAAGGUGAAAACCAGACUGACCAUUGCUGCCGUUCUUUACUUGCUUUUCAUGAUUGGAGAACUUGUAGGUGGAUACAUUGCAAAUAGCCUAGCAAUCAUGACAGAUGCACUUCAUAUGUUAACCGACCUAAGUGCCAUCAUACUGACCCUGCUUGCUUUGUGGCUGUCUUCAAAAUCACCAACCAAAAGAUUCACUUUUGGAUUUCAUCGCUUAGAGGUUUUGUCAGCUAUGAUUAGUGUGCUAUUGGUGUAUAUACUUAUGGGAUUCCUCUUAUAUGAAGCUGUGCAAAGAACUAUCCAUAUGGACUAUGAAAUAAAUGGAGAUAUAAUGCUCAUUACAGCAGCCGUUGGAGUUGCAGUUAAUGUGAUAAUGGGCUUUCUGUUGAGCCAGUCUGGUCACCAUCACUCCCAUUCCCACUCCCAGACUUCAAAUUCUCCUACCACAGGUUCUGGACAUGGACACAGCCAUGGGCAGGGUAGCCUGGCUGUGAGAGCUGCAUUCGUACAUGCCUUGGGAGAUUUGGUACAGAGUGUUGGUGUGCUAAUAGCUGCAUAUAUCAUACGAUUCAAGCCAGAAUACAAGAUUGCCGAUCCCAUCUGUACAUAUGUAUUUUCAUUACUUGUGGCUUUUACAACAUUUCGAAUCAUAUGGGACACAGUAGUUAUAAUACUGGAAGGUGUACCAAGCCAUUUAAAUGUAGACUAUAUCAAAGAAGCCUUGAUGAAAAUAGAAGAUGUUUAUGCAGUGGAAGAUUUAAAUAUCUGGUCUCUCACUUCAGGAAAAUCUACUGCCAUAGUUCACAUACAGCUAAUUCCUGGAAGUUCAUCUAAAUGGGAAGAAGUACAGUCCAAAGCAAAGCAUUUAUUAUUGAACACAUUUGGCAUGUAUAAAUGUACUAUUCAGCUGCAGAGUUACAGACAAGAAGUGGACAGAACUUGUGAAAAUUGUCAGCAUUUCAGUCCCUGAUUUCAUAUGUUUGGAGGACCACUGCCUUAUUUAUCCUGCAGUUUCAGACUUGAGAGCAAUAAUUGCAAACCUAAGUGAGAAAGUGGACUCCCCGACAGCUGUAUCUGUAUCAAGCACCAGAUUCUAAAAACAGUCCCUCCAGCCUGACAGUGCUAGUCUCUUUUUAAUGGUAAAAUGAGACUUAACCAUGAUUUUCAGAUGAAGAUGUUUCCAAAACACUGUUUACAGAAUGAGAAGUGACUCUACAGAUACCUCAUAGAAGACAAUCCAAGACCAUACUUCAUUAAUUAUGGCAAAAUACAUGUCUUAAAGGAAGCAUCAAGAAUUCAGUAUUUGCUUUUAAAAAAAACUUUUUAAAGGCCAUUUUAUAUCAAGCCAGUGCUGGAAAACUGAGUUUCUUUUUUUUCUUUUUCUUUUUUUUUUAAUUAUGUAAUCUUAACACCCAGCUUCUGGAAUUUGCUGCUCUGUUUUUACAGAAAUUUUUUCUCAAAUAUUUCAGAAAGUACUGGUAAUUAUCCAGAGAGGAAUAAGCAUGCAUUCCCAAGUGUUUCGGGUAUGUUUUAUUUCACAAGUAAGUCUUAAUGUCAUUGUUAUAGUUAUACUUUAUAAACAACUUUUUCCAGACAUUACAGGAUUUUGAAUCUCAAAGUUAAUGUUUCUGAUUAUUUGUAAUCUUCUCAGAACCAAAUCCUUACAUAUUGUGGUCACUUUCAUUAAAUUAGUUAGGAAAUAUUUUCAAUAUUAUUCUGAAUGGCAGAAGUUAGUCUUAAACGUAAAUUACUGUAUGAUUAUUAAAAACAAAAUAAAAGAGUGAGGAUGGAGUAUGAAAUCACUUUUAUUGUUCAUAGAAUUGUCUUUACUUAAGAACAGCAGGAGCCUGCAAAAUGUAAAGCAAUCCUCUGUCCUUUAAAAACUGCCUUACAUUUUGUACCUCACAUUUGCUUAGUACCUUGGUCCCUGCCUCCAUACUAGUUAAUCUGUGAGUACCCUUUCAGGAUGAAACUCUAGAGGGCUAAGGUUCAGUUUGUAAUACCUACUUCUCACAUGCAGAUGAACCAUAUUUCCCCAGGGAGAACUUCUGCUUUGUGAUGUGGGUUAGGGAUUCUCCAUGGAAUCCAGAAACCCUAAAGCAUAAUUUUGAGUUUCUCCAAAAAUACCAUAGCUGAAAUAGAUGAGGGGAGAUAUUACUUUGAGAAAACAAAAGUCUCAAAGGUUUUUGACCUUAUGUGUGUGUGUUUUAAAGAACUGGUAUAAGGAUGAACAUUAAAUCUGUGUUAAGGGGAGGCUAAGCAUAAACAUUUCCAAACUGGAAACAACCUAAUUGGUAACAGUUAUGUUAAAGAGGCAGUCAUGAAUAUUCAUAUUUCAUUUUGUAACAUUGGUUUUGAGAUUGUCUUGAUGCACACUAGGAGACCAUUUUAAAGAAGGGCAGUUUCUUAUACCAAGAAUGGAUAUAGUUCUUGGGCUCCUCAAAGAAUCAGAGUAGAGUAACCACAUACCAGGGAAGUUGUGGAUUCAAGUCCUAGAUAGGCAUACAGAUGGCCCAUAAGUGAACACUAGGAAACAGAUUUCCUUUUUCUACCAAGUACCUCACUAGAAGUAAACCUAAGAUAAGAAAACCUAGAUUUACCUAAAAGAUUGCUAAGAGUUAAUGGUAUCCAAUGAAAGGAUUGACAGGAGUUGAUGAUGCCUAAUAAAACCCAGAAAGUAUCUGUUGAAUUGAAUUGAAAAUUUACUUUAUGGGGUUCUUAGUUUGAAUCCAUUUAAAAUAAUGACUUGAAUUUUUCUCAAAUUUCAGGAGCAUAUAAACUGUUUAAAUCAAAAUACACUUAAAUAUAAGAAAGCAAGUAAGAAUAAAUGAGAGACAGUUCAGUAAACAUCUGGGCAUUUAUGGACUGUGGGUACCUAGCAAGGGAAAGGAAAAGAAUGUGUAUUGUAUGCUAAUGGAUUUUCCCGUAUCUAUUUGCAGUUUCUAUUUGGAAACAAAUAUGCAGUUUUUUCCCAUAUCUAUUGAGCUUGUUUCUUACAAACUUUAUCUUAUCUAGGUAGACCUGGCUUUUCAUAUAGACCUGUUCCUUAAAAAGUUAUAUGUUAAAACAAUCAAAAAUCCAUUUGAGGAUUGAAAAGGAUCCUUUUGUAAAAUGCACAAACACUGAAAACUUGUAAAUUCUAAUUAUCAGGCUUCUGCUUAAAAUGAGAUACACAUGAAAUUUCCUGUGCUUUGUUUUCUAGCAAGAACUACAAAUUUUAUACUUGAACUUGUACUUUAGUGGGUCUAUGAGACUUCAGAGUUGAUAGAUUAAACUUUUUGUAACUUGACAAAACCCAUAGAGAAGUAUGUCAACUUAGCAGUUAGGACUAGAGGCUGUAAAGUUUCUGACAUUGCCUGGCCCAUCUUUCACCUGUUAAGCUACAACCACAUGUUAUACUUCUCAACCGAGGGCUCAAAGAGAGAAGUAUUGCCCUAUGAAAAGCAGUGGCUGAGUUGUUUUAUAACAAUGCAAAAUAGCACUGUUAAUUUUGCACCGGGAAAACAGUCACAAUGGGACAAACAGAUCACAGUAUCAAAAACUUGGCAGUGCUUCAGUGUGAUAUAUUUCAAUGAACUUUUGCAAAUAAUCAAAAUAACUUCUGUGCUUAAACCUUUUCACAACCCUGGCCAGAUGUAGUAUUUUGUUCAUUUUAGUAAAAUAACUAUGAUUUCAUUAACGAUUAUGCUGCCUUUGAAGUAUAAUGAAUGGGUCAUAAUUGAAUUAGGCCAAUUUCGUAGGGCUCCGAAAUGCAGAACUUGAAGCUAUUAUUCCUGCAUAUAUUUUCCAUUGGUUAGGCCUUUAUAAUGUGAGCACAGAUUUUCACAGCCACAGUUCCUAUCAGUGUUAUUUGCCAAAUCACUGGAUUUCUUGUCUUUCUGUUCUCUUUUCAACUUUGGGAGUUCUAUUUUCCAAAAGUAAGCAUCCUGUUCUUAACAAUGUUUCACUGAUCUAUCUCUUGAACCCAGGUGUCCCAGUCAACAUUGUUUGUCUUUAGUAGAAUUUACCCAGAAUAGACACCAACAAAAACAGAUACAUGAGGUUCCCUUUCGUAGUUUUCUUUUUUUCUUUCUUUCAGUUUUGUUUUGUUUUGUUUUUCAUUUUAAUGUGAGGAAAAUCAUCUUUUAGAGACAAGGCUUCACUUAGAAAUGUGUAAAUGUGUUUCCAGGUGGGGAAGAACCUUUUCAGACUGAUUGUUCCUGAUCCAGAUUUCUGUGCACACUGAGUUUUAUGGAGUGUGAUGGACAGAAGUAGACUCUACAUUGUGCAACCACAAGUGUAGCAUUGCUCAGACCACUCUGGAUCCAGCUUCUACAUUUGGCUACAACCAUUCUCAGAACUUUAGAAGGGAUAAUCUUUUGGUUCUGAAACAAGCACAAUUAGAUACAUUUAUUUUCUUUAUUAAUUGGCUCACCAUGAUGAAUAAGGUGUUCUUAAAGAAUUUGAGCCCCUUUGGAAUAAGGAUUUAGGCAAUUUUGCUGUUGACUCUACCUUGUAUAUAGUAAAUUUAAAAUUACAGAACAUGUUUCUAGAGAUAAGAUUAGUUCUCUAGUUUGGUUAAGAUUGUCUUUUAACAAAGCAUAGCUCAUGAGCCAGUUGGGUAUUAGUCACAGAUGAAUAGUGUCACCUCACUAUAUACUCUGUUGAGAGAGGCAAGUCUGAUCUCUAAAUAAUGGUAUUAAGCUUAGUAGCUCUUUAACCAAAACACUGUUUGAAAACCCUAACUCCAGAUCUGUCAUGAAUCCUGCUGGCCUGGGCUUCAGAUUUGUUUCAGAUUGCAAAUCAAGGAUGUCGUUUGUGAUAUUGGUAGAAGCACAGAAAUUGGAGAGAAGAAAUUGCCAUGGAAGUUCCUCAGUACUGAAUUGUGGACGUGCACUCAGGCCAGCCAGUCAUUGAGUUCUCACUUCUAAAGGGUUUAAUCUGCUCUUCCAAUCAUAUUGUAAGGACCAAUAAACAUUUUCUGAUUUUUGCUAAGAUUGGAAAACAUGUAUGAAGACUUUCCCAGUUAAAUCUACAAUAGUGUCACAUUAAACAGUGCAAUUAAGUGUAUUUUUAAAUAACUGCAACACAAAAUUGAAAUAUGCCAGUAUAUCAGCUUUGCACCUGACAGAUAUUCUGUAUUUGGAAAGCUUAUACUUCUCUAAAUAUGCAAUUAAAUAAGCCAUAUCACAGUUUAAGAAAUUGUGUAUACUUUUCCAUAUGCCCCUUUAGAAACCAGGAAUUUUGCAUAUGAUUGAUUUUAGAAAGAUUUUGAACCUGGGGUAUGUCUAUGUAAUUUAAGAUCAAAGUAUAGUAUAUGUAUGUGUACUGUAUUUGCAAUUCUCAAAUUGUGACUUCCUAUACAUUUAUUAAAUAAAAGUGUUGU